AUGGAUUCAGGAUCCGUCGGUCAACGCUUUAUUCUGCUUCUUGCUGAUCAUCCAUUGCUACAUCUGCAAGCAGUGGGGGCUUCUUCCAGAUCGGCAGGCAAACUAUACAAAGAUGCUGUUCGUUGGAAGCAGGCCAGGCCAAUGUCAGAGCAACUGGCGAAUCUUGAGGUCAGGGAGUGCAAAGCGAGCAAUUUUCCAGAUGUUGAUCUCGUCUUCUCGGGUCUAGAUAGUGAUGUGGCGGGGGACGUUGAAAUGGAAUUCCUAAAAGCAGAAAUUCCCGUUUUCUCAAAUGCAAAGAACUACAGGAGAGAUCCAGUCGUCCCUUUGGUGGUCCCUACGGUCAAUAUCUCACAUCUAGGUCUGAUCCCACACCAACGGAAACACUUCGGUCUCAAAAAAGGAUUUCUGGUUUGUAAUUCAAAUUGCGCUGUCAUCGGUAUUGUUAUUCCCUUUGCAGCGUUGCAAGUCAAGUUUGGACCGGUGGAGGACGUCGAGGUCUUCACGGAGCAAGCAGUGUCGGGUGCUGGAUAUCCAGGAGUGUCGAGCAUGGAUAUCAUGGAUAAUGUUAUUCCAUACAUCGCUGGUGAAGAGGACAAGCUCGAGACAGAGGCACAAAAGAUCCUGGGAGCUAUGAACUCGGACGCCACGGCAUUCGAAGAACAAUCGGGGCUUACAGUUGGCGCUACCUGCACCAGAGUGGGCGUCACUGAUGGGCAUAUGGCCUUCGUCUCUCUCAGAUUCAAGCAGAGGCCCCCCCCGAGUGCAGACCAAGUCAAACAAGCAAUGCGAGAAUAUGUCGCUGAGGCGCAGAAGCUGGGGUGCCCUUCCGCUCCGGAGAAGGCCAUCGUUGUAUUUGACGAGCCAGACAGGCCACAGCCAAGACUAGAUCGAGAUAUUUCGGGCGGCUAUGCCGUGAGUGUUGGUCGAGUUCGAGAGGCGGCAAAAGGAUCACAUUUCGAUAUCAGAUUCGCUGCAUUAAGCCACAACACGGUCAUUGGGGCGGCUGGAUCAUCUAUACUGAAUGCGGAGGCGGCUAUCAUUCAAGGCCUCCUAUGA